CGCACUUGCCUCGUCCAUGCUCCCUUGAAUAUCUAGCCUCACUCAGUGCCAUGAUUUUGGUUGCCGCUUAAGGGAAUCCAGACCCCACUCAGUUCUGCUUGCUCGUUGACAUUCGCCGCGCCUAGGAUUUGCUAGUGUGUGUGGCUGACUAGUUUCUGGGUUUGACACUCGCUCCGUCAACCUUGCCCCUGGUCUCAAAUUCUGCAGCGUAUGGGCUUGGCAUGCAAUCCAUCUCGAAGCGCUAGGAUGGCGAGGACAGUUACCACGUCCACGCUGCUGUGUGUAUUCUUGGUAGUGUUGCUAGUGUCGACCCCGUGCUAUGCUGCCCGCACCCUCCGUGACUCAGAUAGGAGCUUAGCCGCAGAAGAUUAUGAAUUGGAAAGGCGAGCAUCGAACUGGAGUGAACAAGCAUCUGGGGACGAUUCGGUGCCCACAUCUUCAAACGCCAGCAAGCACAGGAAAUGGGUCCGCUAUCAAGAACAGCUAAUGUUCUUACAAAAUGACUACGGGGAGAUAGUGGCAGCAGCAAAUCCUAGUCCAGUAUAUGAUCCCACUUACCCAUAACCUGCAGUUGCCUUUACUGAAUUACUCAGUUAUUGAGACUACGAUACCGACCUUGAGGAUGGGCGAUCAUGGUCGCAUCAAUUGACUGGCUUUCAACUAGACGGCAAAGUUCAGGCGAAAUGCCGAAGAUGUGACAGUGACCCCCCUGCGAUUCGACGAGUCUUCAGAGCGACACGAUGAUGUUGUUCACCGAGUCCAGCCUCUGAAUCAAUUGACACAUGAGAGGGAUUUCAUCGAGCAUUCCACCACUAACCUUUCCAUGAAUGCACACCAUGAACUCACAAGGCUCAUAGUUAGUCUGAACAAUUUUGACUGUUUCUUCUUUGUAGACAAUCUAAGCUUUUACUGCAAUCGAGCCACUUUUUUUCCCCA